CCAGCUUUGACAGUAAUGAAUAAGUUCAAUUGUUUUUAUUUAAGGGCAACCUCUCUACAAAAUUACUCAGUGUGUGGUAAUUUCGUAAACGUAGUCGUAAUCAUUUUUACCAAAUAAUACGAUAUCCUGGAAUCCCAUGGGGAUCAAAUGAGAUAUGAAUACAGCCAAUGAGGUAAAAGCCUACAUAAACACCCAAAGGUAUUUCCGUUGGAGCAAUAUACUUAAGACUUACACAAAUCUUCCUUUAAGAUUAACUCAAUGAAUCGCCAUGGUUCCGCAAGUCACUGGAUUAAUGUCUUGAUCAUGCCCUGCCACCACCCAGAGAGUUGGAUCAGGAUCCGAUCACGGUAUAUAUAAACACUGGGAAACUGCAAUUCGGCAGAUCUGCUCUCCUAGUCGUCUAACCAACAACUCGGGUAAGUGCCUGUCACGGAGAACGAGAAACAGAACACCGUGGCCAUGCCGUCCGUGGCGAUCCUGCUCUGCAUGCUGGCCCUUACCGGCACGGACUGCCUCGCCGCUCCUCAAGGCAGGGACGGUCCGGAGCAGACGGCAGGCGACGACAAACUCCAGACGUUGGAGACGAUCAUGGAUGAGAAAAUCGGAGAGAUCUCAGAAAGCGUCAACAGGCUGGACAAACAGGUGGCAAACAUGACCGACAAGAUAAAAGACCUUGAGAAACACGUGGAGGAAGAAGAUAGUUCGGAAGAAAAGGGCCGCCCAAAAGGUAGACCCCCACACCCAAAGAAGAAAUCUAAAGAAAGGGGUGAUGACGAUGGCCAUCCACCACCCCGAGGAGGGCAGGGCGGUCGGGAACGAGGCGGUUUUGGCUAUCCGCCACCCCGAGGAGGAGACGGCGGUCGGGAACGAGGCGGUUUUGGCCAUCCGCCACCCCGAGGAGGAGAGGGCGGUCGGGAACGGGGCGGGAGGGGAAGAAAGAGCGGCUGGCGCAAAGACAAACCACAUUCGGGAGAGGAGGAUGCUGACAGCUCAAAAGAAAAGAAAAGCAAAGAGAAGAAAGAAGAUGGAUCUGGUGACUCCAGCGAGGAACGACGCCGUCCUCCACCCCGAGACUUUCAGUCGAUGUGGGGAUACCGCAGGGGCCCGCCGCGACAGGAAAGGGGUCCCAGGGGAGGUGGUCGGGGUGGGUGGUCCCGUCAGAGGGGUGGUGACGAUGGAAGGGAACAAGGUGGUCGGGAUAUGCGACAGUUCAGUUUGAUGGAUUUCCUUAGGAGCAUGUAAGAAGCAUAUACCGCCAGUGGCGAAUAAUGUCCUUUUCCGUCGAAAGGCAACGAAAAAAAAGUACGGUGUAGUAAAUGUUGAGCACUUUGGAGACCUCUUGUUUUAGUUGUAUGUAAAACACAAUUUAGCACUUCGUGUACCGUUGGUUAUUGGACGACACCUAUGACCUGGACUGGAUGAUGGACUUUGAUUUAAUGUCUACUAAUUUGUCUGAUUUCCUUGUUGUUUCCAAACACAUCAAUGUUAGACAUGUCAGAAAUAAAAAGCACAAAUAAUGAGAUGGAAUUGUCGUUGUCUUUAUUUACUCUCCACAACACUUUCCAGGUCCGCUAUGAAAGCUCGGAUGGUUGUGUUUAUUGUUGAGAUAAAAAGAAGUGCGGUAGCCAUCCCGGACAAAACCUGACAAGUUUUAGUCUUGCAGUAUUGCUAAAAUCCUAAAUAACAA